GAUGGCAGCUGCGGAAGACGUAUUUCUACUGCCGCGGCUCCCAGAGCUGUUUGAAACAAGCAAGCAGCUUCUGGACGAACUGGAAGUAGCGACUGAACCCACCGGUUCCCGCAUAGUCCAGGAUAAGGUGUUCAAGGCCCUGGACCUCCUUGAGAAGAUUGCUGAAAUGUUAUCACAGCUCGACUUGUUCAGCCGUAAUGAAGAUUUGGAAGAAAUUGCUUCCACCGACCUAAAGUACCUGUUGGUGCCAGCAUUUCAAGGAGUCCUGGCCAUGAAACAAGUCAACACCAGCAAACGGCUAGAUCAUUUGCAGUGGGCUCGAGAACACUUUCUAAACUACUUAAUUCAAUGCCAUUAUUACCAUGUGGCAGAGUUUGAGCUGCCUCAAAUCAAGAACAACUCAGCUGAAAAUAACACUGCUAGCUCGUCCAUGACCUAUCCUAAUCUCGUUGCUAUGGCAUCUCAAAGACAGGCUAAGAUAGAGAGAUACAAGCAAAAGAAGGAGAUGGAAAGUAGAUUGUCUGCACUGAAAUCGGCUGUGGAAAGUGGUCAAGCAGAUGAUGAGCAUGUUCGUGAAUAUUAUCUUAUUCACCUUCGGAGGUGGAUUGGUAUCAGCUUGGAAGAGAUUGAGAGUAUUGACCAAGAGAUAAAGAUCCUUAGAGAAAAGGAGUCCUCAAAAGAGGCAUCAACUUCUCACUCAUCUAAUCAAGACAGGCCACCCAUGAAACCCUUCAUUCUCACUCGGGAUGUGGCCCAAGCCAAGGUCUUUGGAGCUGGUUAUCCAAGCCUGGCAACUAUGACAGUGAAUGACUGGUAUGAUCAGCAUCAGAAAUAUGGCACAUUACCAGAUCAGGGAAUAACCAGGACAACAUCAGCUGAAUUCAGAAAAGCAGCCCAGCAACAAGAAGUUAAGGAACAAAAAGAAGAGGCAGAUGAUGACAAAAUGUUACACAGAGCCCGUGAAUGGGAUGACUGGAAAGACACCCAUCCUCGGGGUUAUGGCAACAGACAAAACAUGGGUUAA